CUCACUGUGUGAACUGACGAUGAUGGAGUCUUACCCACGGUGUCCAUGAUACGUACCCCGAAUUCUUUCCGACCGGUCUACUCUCAAAGAACAAGUUUAGAGAUUAGGGGAAGCAAGUGACACGACAGUUGGAAGUUGAAAGAAUCUCGGACGAUGUCUCUUAAAUUCCAUGACCGCUUCUUGUCUCUCAUUCAAGGAUCUCGAGGGAAGGACAGUGCAUUUCGGGCCAUCUACAAGCAAAGCAGUCUUCCCUUCGUUCAUUGAAUCGAGAACUAUCUGACCUCAUCAUGGACCAGAUAUACAGGCACUUGGUCAUUAUGCCCUUGGACAAAUUCUGGUUGUCUGCCAGUGUUGCGUCUCCCGACUCCAAUAUUGGGCAAGUUUCAACAUCUUCAGCUCGCUGCAUCAUGGCAGUUCCGGGGAGUGUCCGGAGCCUACCGGAGAUCACUUCGGCAACAAGUGGGGCCAACCCGGAAGGCUACGGUGCCAUCUCUGACCACUUUCCAUGGGCAGUUGACUUCACACCUCUCUCACCUUGUGCCGUUGGCAAGAAGGGGAUCAAAACGAUUCACUUAGCCACGCCCACGGCUUUUGACCUUGCCUUCUUCGCUUGUUGCCUUUCAACACGCCGUUCUGGGCCGCUCGAAUCAUCGCUCAAAAUGGAGAGAGUCAUCGACUACCGCAUUACCUCGCGCCCCAUGGCCGAGGAUGCCAACAAGGAAGCUGCAGACGCCGGCAGAAAAAGCGUUCAUGACAUCUGCGAGGAUGAGUUCGUCCACAUCUACUGUGGCGACACUAUCUUCGUUGUCUAUCGUGAGAUCAUCACCGCAGGAUCCAUGUACUUCGAUGCCUGUCUCUUCGGCUUUUUCAAAGAGUCUACCACUCAGGAAAUCGUCCUCGACGACAUUGAGCCCAAGGCUCUCGAGUUCUACCUUCAACUUACUCACGGCUGGUACUUUGAGAUAAAGUCUUACGGUACCAAGGUCGUCCCCUUCUCUCUGUUCGAUGACCUCAUCAACGCCAACGACCCCGUGGCCUUCAAGAGGGCUCACCUGGAGAUCCCCAAAAUCAAGCUCAAGAUGAUGGCCCAGAUGUGCAUUCUCUGCGAUCGUUUCAUUCACCGCUCGCUUCUCUGCAUCGUCAGACACAUGUUCAUGACCUUGCUGGCUCGUACCAAGAAGAACUGGACCACCCUCAAGUACGAGGAUUCUGACUGGAACACGGUUCACCAUGUCGACUUCAUGCUCGACUACAUGGCUGCCUUCGACAUCUUCUCCACCGGCCACGACGAUGAGCACCUCAUCAGGGACGCCAUCUCGGAGAGCUUCUACUGGUUCACCAGACACACCCCGUCUCUCAUCAAGCACUUCUGGAACAUCAUGAGCCCGGAAUUCAUCUCCGAGUGGGAUGUCUCUCGCCACAUUGUUUGGGAUUCUGAGAGCGAGAUCAUCGUCGGCCGCGAGUACGUCAGAUUCGACCACGCCAAGAAGCUGUUCAUCACUGAUCAGCUCAUCUUCGAGAACUCGACCAAGCGCCAGAAGAACAUCAGAAAUGACCGUGUCGACCACAUGUGCUCGAUCGAAGACCGCAUCAAGCUUUUCCCUUUCGUUGAGGAGCAGGAGCUCAACGCCGCCCGAAUCGCCCGUCUCCGCGGCCUCGUCGAGAAGGUCCAGCGCAAGAGCUCCACUCCGUACCGUACCUCCAUUCCUGGCGCCACGGUUCACCCGGUUAUUAGCCAGAAUGACCUCGGCCAGCGUGCUACUUCCAAGAAGCAGACCAAGAAGCAGGCCAAGAAGCAAGCCAAGAAGCAGGCCAAGAACAAGGCUUACCAUGCGGGAGGUGGCAAUCGCGGAGGAGGCCGUGAUCGCGACAACGUCGUUGAGGGUCAACGCAACCAUAAGGUUGGUCCCCGUCAGACUGAGCGUUCCCAAGCCCAGCAUGGGGAUGGCAUCCCUCAUGCCACUCCGAAGAACAAUCACGAUCAUCUCGGCAGUGGUGGCCAAGCUCAUCGUCAAGGUCGUGGCGGCGGUCAUCAUGGCAAGAAUCGCGGUCAAGGUCACGUUCAAGGCCAUGAUUCUCAAGGCCAACUUCAAGUUCAGGUCCAGGGCCAGGCUCAAGGCAAGGCUCAAGGUCGCGGCGGCGGUCGAAGCAAAGGUCAUGCUCAUGGUCAUGCCCAAGACAAUGCUCAAGACCAUACUCAGGUUCUUGUUCAAGAUCAGGCCCACGGUCACGCUCAAGGCCAGGCUCAGGCUCGUGGUGACGGUCGCGGCAAGAACCGUGGUCAAGACCAUGCUCAAGACCAUGCUCAGGGCCAGGCCCAGGGUCGCGCUGAAGGUGGUGGCGGCAGUCGUGGCAAGGGUCGUGGCCGCAAGGGACAUUGCGCCCGCAAGACUCAGGACAACUCUUGA